AUGGAUGAUAUAACAUCAAUUCCACCAGAAGAACAAAGAUAUUACGCAUUAAAUGCAUUUCCUAAAGUUUUGAAGAUUGGAAGAUUUAAUUUAAAUGAGGAAUUCAUAAAAGGUUUCCUAAAUGACAUAAUGAAGAAGGCGGAUAAAACAUAUGUGGAUAGUGAGUUAAAUAAGAAGGCAAAUUUGGUUUAUGUUGAUAAAAAAGAUAAUGAAAUUAAAGAAAAGGUUGAAUGGUAUCAUGAAUGGACAUUUGAGACUUUUAAAGUUAAAGCUGAUACAGGAUGGGUUUCAGGAUGUUUAGACCUUAAGGCAGAUAAAACAUAUGUUAACGAUGAGUUAGAGAAGAAGGCGGAUAAAACAUAUGUGGAUAGUGAGUUAGAGAAGAAGGCGGAUAAAACAUAUGUUAACGAAAUAUACCAAAGUUUGAUAGGAACAAAAAAUAUUGAAACUAUUGUUGGUGACUUUUCUGUCAAUGAAGAAAAUAAAUAUUUUAGAUGGCAGUUUGUACAAUCCUUAAAAAAUGGUACACGGUGUAAACUCAUUCCGAAAAAUAACAAUGAAAUGUAUGUAAGCUAUAAAAAGAAUGAUGGAACACAAGUUAAAGUUCCAUUAGACAACAACUGCUACUUAAACUUAUAUGGAGACGAACAAAAGAAAUAUUUAAGAGUUUAUGAAAUGGUAGAUAUGACAUUGCCUGACCCAGCUCCAGCACCAUAUUAUUAUGACUAUGGAGAUGACAACAGAACACCAUAUGUAGAUGAACAAAAGCUAACAUUAUAUUUAGAUUAUUAUAGAUAUAAAAGAUAUAAUGCAAUAGAAAAAACGAGAAUAGUAUAUUAUUAUACAGAUGACAGAAAUAAAUAUUAUAGUCAAGAUUUUACCUACCCUGAAAACAUAAGAUUAUAUUAUAAAAAAUAUUCUAACACAAACCAGAAGAAACCUGAAAUAGUUGCACUAUAUUUUAAGUUCAAAAGAGACAAUCCUAUAAUAUCUCAUAUGUUUGAUUUAAUGAACCCAGUAGGUUCUAUUUAUACAUCUAUGGAUGCAAGAGGUCCUCAAGUAAUGUUUGGUGUUGGUGUAUGGGAACAAGUAGUCGACAGGUUUUUGUAUUGUGCAAACUCUUCAAAGGAAACAGGUGGAAGUAAAACGAUUUCAGGUGAAAAUUUACCUGCACACAGUCAUUACAUAGAUUUAAGUACAUCUCAAGCGGGUUGGCAUAAGCAUAGAUAUUGGGAUUGGUCAGGAAUGACAAAAGGUAAAGUAUAUGAUGUUAAAGAUGAUGUUAAGUUUGCUAUAAAUUGUUACUGGAGUGACACUCAGGGAGAAGGAAACCAUACACAUUUCGUUUCAGGAUAUACACAAACAACGGGACAAAGUAAAGAAUACAUGCCACCAUUUAUGACUGUAUUCGCAUGGUAUAGAGUUCAAUGA